GACUGAAACCUGACUGUACACAGCAGUCCAAGGAGGGUUACUGGGGAGACAGGCCGGGCCUGGGUCUGGGGAGACAGACCGAGCUGGGGGUCCUGGGGAGAUAGACACAGGGACAGUGCUGGGGGUCCUGAAGUGACAGGGUCAGUGCUGGGGGUCCUGGGGAGAUAGACACAGGGACAGUGCUGGGGGUCCUGAAGUGACAGGGUCAGUGCUGGGGGUCCUGGGGAGAUAGACACAGGGACAGUGCUGGGAGUACUGAAGUGACAGGGUCAGUGCUGGGGGUCCUGGGGAGAUAGACACAGGGACAGUGCUGGGAGUACUGAAGUGACAGGGUCAGUGCUGGGGGUCUUGGGGAGAUAGACACAGGGACAGUGCUGGGAGUACUGAAGUGACAGGGACAGUGCUGGGGGUCCUGGGGAGAGAGACGCAGGGACAGUGCUGGGAGUACUGAAGUGACAGGGUCAGUGCUGGGGGUCCUGGGGAGAUAGACACAGGGACAGUGCUGGGAGUACUGAAGUGACAGGGUCAGUGCUGGGGGUCCUGGUGAGAUAGACACAGGGACAGUGCUGGGAGUACUGAAGUGACAGGGUCAGUGCUGGGGGUCCUGGGGAGAUAGACACAGGGACAGUGCUGGGAGUACUGAGGUGACAGGGUCAGUGCUGGGGGUCCUGGGGAGAGAGACACAGGGACAGUGCUGGGGGUCCUGAAGUGACAGGGUCAGUGCUGGGGGUCCUGGGGAGAUAGACACAGGGACAGUGCUGGGAGUACUGAAGUGACAGGGUCAGUGCUGGGGGUCCUGGGGAGAUAGACACAGGGACAGUGCUGGGAGUACUGAAGUGACAAGGUCAGUGCUGGGGGUCCUGGGGAGAUAGACACAGGGACAGUGCUGGGAGUACUGAAGUGACAGGGUCAGUGCUGGGGGUCCUGGGGAGAUAGACACAGGGACAGUGCUGGGAGUACUGAAGUGACAAGGUCAGUGCUGGGGGUCCUGGGGAGAUAGACACAGGGACAGUGCUGGGGGUUCUGAGGUGACAGGGUCAGUGCUGGGGGUCCUGGGGAGAGAGACACAGGGACAGUGCUGGGGGUCCUGGGGUGACGAGCAGUGCUGGGGGUUUUGAGGUGACAGACACAGGGACAACAAAGUAGAGGGUCCUAAGGGGACAAGGACAGUGCAGGGGGUCCUGAGGUGACAGACACAGGGACGGUGCUGGGGGUCCUGAAGUGACAGGGUCAGUGCUGGGGGUCCUGGAGAGAGAGACACAGGCACAGUGCUGGGGGUCCUGAGGUGACAGGGUCAGUGCUGGGGGUCCUGGAGAGAGAGACACAGGCACAGUGCUGGGGGUCCUGAGGUGAUAGACACAGGGACAGUGCUGGGGUCCUGAGGUGACAGAUACAAGGACGGUGCUGGGGGUCCUGAGGUGACAGACACAGGGACAAGUGCUGGGGGUCCUGGAAGUGAGAGUCCUAGCGCUCAGGAACCUAUACCCGGGUAUCACCUGUCUAGUAGGGACCUUGGGCUAGUCCAAUCAGAACAUUGAGCUGUAUAGAAUCAGUAUUACAGGGAGAGUGGUGCAGUGAAAGCCGGGCGGAUGAAUAGGGGAAGAGGUCUAUACUGUAAGUAGCGGUGUGACCCGACCCACCUGUAGGUACGGUGGUCUCCUGUAUACAGCGCACACAGCAGCCAAGAAUCCCACCUGCGCCUGGACUGCCGGUGAGCCGAACACAGCCGUCUCCAUUCUACAUCUGUUCUCUGGUCCUUCACGCCACUGACUGGCCGAGAUGGAGGGGAUGACCGGGCCCUGCGAGCCUCCUCCCCCUCUCGGGGAGAGGGUGAGGAGAAACCGGGCCUCUCGGGAGAUGGAGGGAACCCAGCAGGAUGAGACGGACACCAACAGCCACGGGUCUAGCGGCAAUGAAUCCAAUGGGAACGAGUCGCGGCAGAGCCGGAGUUCGCACAGCAGCACAAGCGGCAACGGGAAGGAUUCGGCCAUGUUGGAAACCACUGAGAGCAGCAAAAGCACAAACUCUCACAGUCCGUCCCCUCCCAGCAGUUCCAUUGCGUAUAGUCUCCUGAGCGCCAGUUCCGAGCAGGACAACCCUUCCACCAGCGGCUGCAGCAGUGAACAGUCUGCCCGGGAGAAGAAUCAGAAAGAGCUGAUGAAGGCCCUGAAAGAGCUGAAAAUACGUCUCCCGUCGCAGAAGAGAGGGAAAGGCAAAUCGGGGACCCUGGCCACCCUCCAGUACGCGCUCUCCUGUGUCAAACAAGUCCGAGCCAACCAGGAAUACUACCAGCAAUGGACUAUUGAUGAGUCCCAGCCGUGCAGUUUGGACAUGUCCAGCUUCACCAUCGACGAGGUGGAGAGCGUCACUUCGGAGUACACCCUGAAGAACCCUGACACCUUCUCCGUGGCUGUCUCUUUCAUCACCGGCCGCAUUGUGUACAUCUCCGACCAGGCCUCUCACAUCCUUCAUUGCAAAAGGGAUGUCUUCAAGGGUGCAACCUUUGCAGAGUUUCUGGCCCCACAAGAUGUCAGUGUCUUCUAUGGUUCUACAGCUCCUUAUCAUCUCCCAUCUUGGAGCAGCUGCACCUCUGGAGAUAACGCAUCAAUGGACUACACUCAGGAGAAAUCUGUUUUCUGCCGGAUCAGUGGGGGCCGAGAGCGGGAUACGAAUCUGCACUAUCACCCGUUCCGCCUCACCCCGUACCUGAUGAAGGUGCGAGAUUCGGACAACGCAGAGGGGCAGCCGUGCUGUCUGCUUAUUGCAGAGAAAAUACACUCUGGAUACGAGGCACCUCGAAUCCCCCCAGAUAAGAGGAUUUUCACUACCAAGCAUACUCCGAGCUGUAUGUUCCAAGAGGUGGAUGACAGAGCUGUUCCCCUACUCGGGUACCUGCCGCAGGAUCUCAUCGGAAUGCCCGUCCUCUUCUUCAUCCAUCCCGAGGACCGGCCGCUAAUGCUGGCAAUACACAAGAAAGUUCUCCAGCAGGCUGGCCAACCGUUUGACCACUCUCCCAUCCGCCUGUGCACCCGCUCCGGGGCGUAUGUGACCAUCGAUACCAGCUGGAGCAGUUUUGUGAAUCCGUGGAGUAGAAAGGUGUCCUUCAUACUCGGGCGACACAAAGUCCGCACAAGUCCUCGUAAUGAAGAUGUGUUUACGGCCCCGAAAGGAGCGGAGCUUAAAACUCUGGACCCCGACAUUCAGGAGCUGUCGGAGCAGAUUCAUCGGAUCCUGAUGCAGCCGGUACACAGCACAGCCUCCGGGGGCAACGGCAGCGGCUGUAGCAACAUAUCACAGGAGCCGUUCCACUGCAACGCGUCAUCUAGCGACAGCAACGCCAUGAUCACCGAGGAGGCGGCAGAUCCCAAACCUCAGAUGACAUUUCAGGAGUUCUGCCAGAAUGUGAAUAUGGUAAAGAAUCAGGGCCAGCAGCAGUUCCUGGGGUCCAGGGUGAUACGUCAGCAUAAAAGAGGACAUCUUCAAGCCCUUGCUCCUCCCCGGUCGGCUCCUUCGGCUGCUGUAUGCAACACUCUUCCUGAUACUGUGACCCCCCGUACUCCCUGUGCCCCGGAGGAGCUGGCACGAAAAGAGAACUCAAACUAUUCUUACCAGCAGAUCAACUGCCUGGACAGCAUCAUCCGAUACCUGGAAAGUUGCAACAUUCCCAGCACUGUGAAAAGGAAGUACGGCUCCUCUUCCUACACCUCAUCCACCUCCGAGGAGGAGAAGCAGAGGACAGAGGAAAGUAACAAGGAAGGUCCCGCAAGCGGUUUAUCCCAGCAGCAGCACAUACCUCCGCCUCCCAUGCCCGCUACGGUGGGCUCCUCUACUCUCGCCCCUCUGCCGCCUCUACCGCUCAGCAAGGCCGAGAGUGUAGUCUCCAUCACCAGCCAAGGAAGCUUCAGCAGCACUAUAGUCCACGUCGGAGACAAAAAGCCACCAGAGUCGGCUGAAAUGGUGCCUCUGGAGGAGAUGCCGUGCCCGGCCGCACCCACACCACCAUUAUGUCCGCUGGGUCUCACCAAAGAGGUUCUGUCGGCCCACACUCAGCGAGAGGAGCAGGCCUUUCUCACCCGAGUGCACAAUCUCAGCCAGCUCAGGGUUUUUGACCCUCUACCUGCCGGUGUAUGGGAAGAGCAGAAACUGCGAGGCCUCAGAGGUGGUAAGUCCUCACCCUCCCACCAAUACCAUCAUACUACUGCUAGCAACCUCCUGUCCUCAUCCAGGGAAGGUUCAAAUAUAGGGGGACGACGAGGAAAAAGUCGAAAAUCAAAAGCUAAGCGCCCAAAGCAAGGCAAACCUCUACCGCCCAGCUCCAUGCCGACAUCUCACCAUCCUGAGGCUCCUCUCCUUCCCCCUCCUCCGACAGCCAUGCCUGGUUAUCCUCUCCCUAUGUUUCCUCCCCAGCCACCCCAGGCUCCUGGUGCAGAAGCUACCCCUUCACUCUCUAGAUAUCCUCUCGUCACGCCCAUAGUGGCAUUGGUGCUCCCCAACUAUCUCUUCCAACCUCCCACAGUGGCACCACCUUUUUAUCCUGGAGUAUCUGGCUUUCCCUCCUUCUCUUCUACUGCUGAAGCUCCAUCUCCUGUCACAAAGGCUCCAACUCCUGCAUCUCCCGCACCCAUCACGACUUGUCCUCCACCUUCCCGAUCAUCCUCCCCUCCCCAACGCCUCUUCCCAUCAAGGUGUAGCUCCCCCCUACAAUUAGACUUGCUGCAGCUUGAGGAGUUACCGCAGCCCGGUGUCGCACCAGGAGGAGGAGGAGAAGGAGGGGAAUGGGACUUGGAAGAAGAGGUAAAGGGAGGAAACGGAGUGACCCUAGGAAAUGUUACUGUUGGAGGACCUAAUGCCGGACCAGGGAGUGGAGAAGAAGACAGACAGCCUGACAACUGCAUGGGUGAUCAGCAGGAGUCAUCGUCACACAACGAUGCUCUCUCCAGCUCCAGUGAUCUUCUCGAUCUUCUGCUUCAUGAAGACUCCUGUUCUGGCACCGGAUCUGCUGCUUCCGGGUCCAUGGGCUCCAACGGAGGCAGCACUUCUGCUUGUGGCACUAGGAGCAGCGAGAGCAGCAACACCAGCAAAUAUUUUGGGAGCAUUGAUUCUUCGGAGACAGACUUAAGGGUCAAGAAGGCAGAGAGGGAGGUGAUCAGAUACGUCAUGCAGGACCCACUUUGGUUGCUGAUGGCCAACGCUGACCACGAUGUCAUGAUGUCCUACCAAAUCCCUUCAAGAAACAUGGAGAGUGUCCUUCAGGAGGACCGGGAGAAGCUCCGACAACUACAGAGGAACCAGCCCAGGUUCAGUGAGGAGCAGAUGAAGGAGUUGGGGGAGGUGCAUCAGUGGGUCAGGAGAGGUCAAAUACCCAAUGUCAUCAAUAUUGCCUCCUGCACAGGCUGCUCGCCAGAUGCAACCAACUACGACGCAGACCUGGAUUUGUCGAUAAUGAUGGAAGAGGGGGGGGAAUGUACAGUGGGGGGCGAGGAGGCCAGAGGGGCAGUUGGAUGUAGCUGAAAUUUACCCAAUCUUUGGCUCAUCAUUGACAAUCCCAAGCUGCCUUAUUCAUAAUCUUUCCACAAUGACUCAUUUGACGGAAUGACUGAAGCGCCCACGUAGUACUGCUUUGAGGUAGUGUGUGUGUGUGUGUGUGUGGGGUAGAGGGGGGGCUGUACUGCUGACGCGUUUCACCUCCUCAUGUUCUAAGUCAAGGGAUGAACUCGGGGAACUGAUGUAGAUCUUCUAGAACUCUUUACUCAGUCUAGCGUCAUCAUCGUGUGCUACAAAAACAUAGCUGCUAAAUGUACCUGCCAUUUUGAAGGAUGAAAGGGACACAGUCGAUAUACCUGAUGGAUGUUUAUUUUCUCUUUAUAUAUAUUUUUGUAAACUGUUAUUUAUCAUCGCUGUGUGAAGGUUGGGGAGGGUCAGGUUACAUACGUUGGGGAGUGUGGGUCAACUGUGAGAGUUGUCCGCUGUUUGUAUGGUUUUAUAAAUAAAGAUCUCCUGUUGUU